AUGCAAUGGAAGGAAAUAGAAUUCAUUGAAGCUGAAAUCUGUAUCUAUCUAUCUAUCUAUCUAUCUAUCUAUCUAUCUAUCUAUCUAUCUCACUCCCUUCAUAUCUAUCUUUUUAUCUCAGUCUGUUCAUAUCUAUCUAUCUAUCUAUCUAUCUAUCUAUCUAUCUUCAUAUCAAUCUUUUAUCUUCAGUCUUCUGUUCAUAUAUAUAUAUAUAUAUAUAUAUAUAUAUCUAUAUAUCUAUAUAUGUCUAUUUAUAUGUAUCUAUCCUUCAUAUCUAUCUACCUAUCUCAUUCUAUCUGUUCAUCUCAUCUAUAUCAUAUGUAUCUAUCUCAUUAUCUAUGUAUAUUUAUAUCUAUCUAUCUAUCUAUCUAUCUAUCUAUCUCAUUGUCUUCCUAUUUAUCUGCCCCUCUUUAUCUAUCUAUCUAUCUAUCUAUCUAUCUAUCUAUCUAUCUAUCUAUCUAUCUAUGUCUGUUGAUGUCUAUCUCACUGUCUCCAUAUUUAUCUCUCUCUCUCUCUCUCUCAUACUUUUUAUAUCUAUCUAUGUCUCCUCUUUGUCUAUCUAUCUCUCAAUCUAUCGAUCUAUCUAUCUAUCAUAGUCACUCUUUCUUUUCUUCACUUUUCUUCUAUCUAUACUUCUAUAUUUCUUUAUAA